ACAUUCCUUAUCACAGUGCGUAAGCGUCUUAAAUUAGGAUUAAAGAAGAUCAAGAAACACCAACAACAGCAACAGGAUCAAAGCAGAGCUCUUAUAACAGCUGGGUUGUUCUAUUCGGGGCGCACUCUGCUGGUACCCUCACUGGCUUCAGAAGAUGGGUCUCGCUGCAGCAGUGCUCUGGCUGUCGGCGUCGGCGGCGGUGGCUCGCGCGCCGGGCGUCCCCCCGCUGCGCCUCGACGGGAAUGAGAGUUCCACGGAUGUGAUUUUGAUGCGCCAGGAAGUCAGACUGGAGGAGAUGGUGAUGCUGCUAACUGAAAUCCGGGACAACUUGGCCGACCAACGCAGAGUGACUGACGAACCACUUCGGCCCAGCGUGACUGACGCUCCUCGCAACACCACUACCACGGCGAAAACCAGUAAUGCCCCGCCCACGUGUCCAGACAAGUUCCAAGAGGUGGGCGGAGUCUGCUUGCACCUUGCAAAUUCCAAGCACGUGUCAUGGGAUGAGGCCCGCGUUUACUGCCAGCGCCUGGGGGGAGACCUGAUCCACGGAUUCUGGAACGCGGAGGCCGGACAAAGCCUCGUUCGGGACAAGUGUAAGUCUCUGGACAGGGAUGGAUGUCCUCUUCGGAAGUAUGAUGGUCCAUACCUGACCCUCAUAAUCGCUAAGACAGUUGCUUCCGUUGCAGGGACCAUCACUGUUGACCUCUGCAGGUGUGGGAAGUCCUCCACAUCAUCAAAGCGCAGGCGCAGUACCGGCAUCGCUGUGCGUCUCAUGGACAGGCCCGUGUUCCGUGGCCCCACUUUGAACAAUUUGGUUCAGGGAUUUGAAGACGACACACCUUGA